CUCAGCUUCUUAAGAUAUUCAAUUUACAAUUUUGUAGAAUUGUUUUGAUAUUUGACAUUGGCAAUACUUUGAUUCUCCAAUAAAAAAAAGUCUUAGUGGGCUGUCUAGCCACUCGCAAUAUGGCGGACACGGUCACGCAUGCGUUCACAGCUGAGUGUGACAUCACUUCCAUCAUAAACAGGAAGAAAACGAGGCAACGUCAUGCUCAGGCUAAUGUUUACGCUGUACAGUAUACUGCGAGAAAAAGAUCUAGAACUAAGACAGGCAUUGUAAUUUAAUUACAAAGGUGCGGGUGAAAAAUAACGAAUCUGCCUGAUUGGAAGCGUCCCCGGAAGUCAGCGUUUUUCCUGGGUUACUUUGAAGGAAGGAUGUUCCCAAUUAGGAAACGCAGAUUACCAAAGACAGCAAAGUCGUGAUAUAAAUUUACAUUUACUUGCCAGCAUAUAUAUGCCAACACAGUAGUUAAUUUGACUUUUACUUAGGUGAUCUCGCUCAUCUGCCUUUAAGAUGAGCCGGGAUGCUCCCAUCCACACCUGGCCUGGCUCUUAUUACAUGAACAGUGAGAGGAGGUGGGAGAGCGGAACUCUGACCCUCACCAGGACCAUUGUGCGCUUCAUCUCAAGCCAGAGCAAGGAGUGCAUCGCCAGUUUCCAUCUAUCCAGGAUCAUGGAGAUAAAGAUGGAGUCCUCUAGUUUCAUCUUCAGUACCCUGACUGUGCUGGAGGAGGGAAACGUCAAACAUUGGUUUGGUUCCCUCAAACCCAACAGGUUGGCGGUUUUUAACGUGCUGGAGCAUUUCUGGAGGGAAAGGCUCCUUUCCCCCACCUCAGAGGUUCGGGGGGCUGAGUGUCAACCUUCUAAGGGAAGGGAGCUUAUCAAGCUGGUGGCUGGGGCCCAGAGAAGACUGGAGGACACCGGGAUAGUCCUCAGUCACCAGGGAGAGCAGUUUGACAACAUGGUGCAGGGAUUGGAGAAGAUCGACUCUGAUCUCGGUGUUGCUGAUAAAUUUCUCUCAGAACUUGAGUCUCCUUCCUGGUGGCCUUUUAGUAAACUCAACUGGAAGUUUCAGCAGGAUGCCAAAGCUGAGGACGCUGCCAAGGCGGCAGCUGCAAUCUCAUCGGGCAAAGUCUCUAGCAGGAGCAAGGUGAUUGCAAGCAUCCCGGCAGUGCUGUCCAAAGGCGGAGACUCGGAAUUAAAGCCUGGAUGUUUGGUGGUGCUGGUUUCCUCAUUGGAGGCACAAGAUACCAACUGCCACCUCCUCCAUCGAUUUGAACGGAACGAAAUUGAUGAAAUUAGGGUGCACAAUCCCUACGAGAUCACAGUUAGACAGAGGUUUAUAGGAAAACCAGAUAUAUGUUAUAGAUUCUUGUCAGCCAAGAUGCCAGAGGUCUUGUCCGUGUUAGAGAUGCAGUACAAAAAGAAGAUGGAGUUGACAAGGGAAUACGAAGCCUUUAAGGCAACUCAGCUGGCAUCUCCUUCCAUCAAAGAAGGGACAAACUGGAAUGAAGAAGCAGGUUUGAUGCAGAGGUGCCAAGACACUGAGCUCCCAGUGGAGGUCCCGGCAGGAGAGCUGUCCCAGUUGCAGGUGCAAGUUCUCCAGCCAUCUGUCAGUCAGGCUGAGGCCCAGGAACUCAAACAGAUGCUGAUGCAGCUGAAGAACCUCGCACUGGAGGCGGAGACUGAAUUGGAACGGCAGGAUGAAGUCCUGGACGUCCUGACGAGUUCAACGGACCGAGCCACCAUGCAAAUUGGGAAGCACACAUAUCGCAUGAGAAAAUUGCUGUAGUCCUGACUGAUGAGAAAAAUGAAGCAUGCUCCAUCAUGUGCCUCAGAGGGCUUUCUGCUUAAAGAAACCAUUAAAGACUCUCACAUGAUCCUAAGAUUCAGCGGAACUUAAUGUUAUUAUGCAGGGGGCUAUAAUUUCUAGUCAAGAGGGAAUGCUUAAGCAUUCCCACUUAUUGUUUUUCUGUUUUCCUUUAUUAUUAUUAUUCCGUACGUUUUUGAUCGUUUA